GUCCGCGACACGCACGCCACGAUUCAGCCCUGGAAGCACAGCCGCAGCUAUUUGAAAGCGGGGGGAUGUUUCGCCAUCACAACACGAAUCAAUCUGGUGGCAUAAGAACCUUGAAAUAAAUCUCUUAGCUACGAUUAGAGAUGAGAGAUUAGCAUGGGCUGGAGAGUCGAAGUCUUUUUCUCCAUCUCCACUGGUGAGGCAGUGUAAAGACAAGAACUAUGCAGACAUCAGGAAAUCAGUACUACAGUCUUCCUUGGGAUGCCUGAUCCAGGACUUUUUCUCCCCUGUACUCAGCAAGUUACCAGUUUUGAGAUCCUGUUCAGUCCUCUGAAGCAGAUUUCUACUGCAUGCCUUGGAUACAUGCUCCUAAUGAGCUUAUGAGCUUUCCUUGACCUGCACUUCUUAACACUGAUCUGACUAUGGCUGUCCUCAAAGUAAAAUUCACCAAAACUAAGAGGGACAAAUUGGCUCAGAUCUUAUGGGUCCUUAACUGGGUUUCUGUAGUAAGCGGGAUCAUUCUCUUCAGUCUUGGACUCUUUCUGAAAAUAGAGAUCAAGAAGCGCAAUGAAGUGAUGGCAAGAGGGGACGUUAACUCUGUCCCCAACAUGCUGAUCUCCGUAGGGGUCAUAGCAUGUAUCAUCAACUUUCUGGGUGGCAAAAUCUGCUAUGACUGCCCAGAUGCCAACAAGUUCUCUCGAUGGAAACUAGUUAUGCUCCCAUACAUCGUAUGUACCUUCUGUUUUACCUUCUGCAUCCUGGUGGGUGCUCUCAUGUGCUAUACCAUGAGGAGUGAGCUGGAAGAGUCUCUCUAUCUGGGACUGAGAGAUGCUAUUAAGUUCUAUAAGGACACGGACAUACCUGGACGAUGUUUCUUAAAGAAAACAGUGGAUAUGUUACAAAUUGGAUUCAAAUGCUGUGGAAACAAUGGCUUUAGAGACUGGUUUGAAAUUCAGUGGGUAUCUGCUCGUUAUCUGAAUAUGGCUUCCAAAGAAGUUCUGGACCGUCUGAAGAGCAACGUUGACGGGAAGUUCUUGGUGGAUGGAGUGCCCUUCAGCUGCUGCAACCCAAGCUCCCCGCGGCCCUGCAUCCAGUACCAGCUGACAAACAACAGCGCUCACUACCACUACGAUUUUCUGACCGAGGAGCUCAAUAUCUGGGUGAAGGGGUGCCGAGAGGCUUUGCUGGAGUACUACACAGCUAUUAUGAGAUCUGUUGGUAUUGCAGCAUUGCUUAUUUGGUUCUUUGAGCUCUCUGUACUUACUGGUGUUCGGUACCUACAAACAGCAAUGAAGAAUGUCCUUCUGCUAGGAGAUCUGGAGGGUGAAUCGGACGGUUGGCUACUAGAAAACAGCUUUGUGGAAACUGCCAAAUACAAGAUCAGUAUCAUCAAGAACCUUGGCAAAGCCAACCAGAUCUCCACUGUCUCGGGCAUGAACAACCCCAACAUCAAUGUUCAAAACACAAACUGUGGCAAAACCCAGAGUAAAGCAAAAUCUAUCCCAGUCUAGCUAGGCGAGUCUCCAAAGAAAUGACAUCACAAGUGUAGCUUCGAUACAUUACAGUCUUACAGUUACCAGAUUUUCCACUGGUGGGAAAAAAUGAGUAGGAAAACAAAUAACUGAACAAACCACAGACUGGUGACAGCUCCAAUAAUAAUGAUGUUUCUUUUGCUGGAUGUAUUGUCACUCGUCCUUGUGAAAUCCCUGACUUUCAACACUGCACAAAACAAACUUUUGGAAUUUUCCCCACUUUCUCUCCCUUGCUUAAAUACUUCUGUCAUGGUCUGAAUGCAUCAGAAUAAUCACUAUGCACAAAAAAAUGUUCCAGAUAGGAUAGGUCUACAUCUACUAACAUACAGAUUGGUCUACUUUAUACCAACAAAGUUUGUCAUUACUGCCUUUACAUCUAUAGAAAUCCCAAAAGAAAUUAUUACAGUGGACAAAAUGAUUCUUUAAAAAAAGAUAAAAGCUGUGAAAUGAAAACUCUGUUAGUCCAGAUUAGGACAGGGGAAAUUCUAGCCCAAUUAUACAUAUAUUGCAGCCCUUCGAAAAGAGCCUAUGAGCUAGGUGAAAUUGAGCUGAAGGCAAUGAAAGUUAGCAUAAUGUAUUUAACUAAUUUUUUUUUUUUUUUUUUUCUUUCCCAAAUAGUCUGAAGUAUCUCUUUGUUUCUCCUCCUCCAUAGUUUAGAGAAAGCCAGCUGCCAUACCUCCCUGGAAGUCAAUGGGUACUGCUGGAAGGAGUUUUCUGCUCAAGAAAACUAACAGACACCUCAUGCCAGGAUAUUUAAAAUUCAAAGUAGCAUGUGAUAGCCCAAGUUUAAAAACAUAAACAUCCCAUAAAACAAAUGCUGAUGAUCCUGACAUUUAAAAGCUUCUAAUUUCAAAAGUACUUACAUAGAUCUAGCAGCUGGAAGAUCAGGGAUUAUAUGGAACCACUGAAGGCAAAUGUAGACUGACAGAGCUCCCAUCACAUUCCUAGCACAGCGCUCAGGGACAGCGUCAAUACACGGAGUGAAAGCCUGCUACACCCACGACAGGGGGCCCUAAGACUGUAACUCAUCAUUAAUAGUAGGCAGGAAAAAGAUACCAAUAUAGAUGAUAAAAGAUCAAAUAAAAUACUUCACUUGUUACUGUUCUGAGUAACACAUAGUUUGAAUAUAACUUUGGACAGCUUGUGCAUUCUUUGUGUAUAAUCAAGUAAAAGUUCUGUCACUGGGAUAUUCAAAGCAGAACUAUUCCUGCUUUUGAAAUGGUGUAAAAAUAACAGUAAAAAUUCCUUUACCUGUCUAAACAACGUCGUUUUCUGUAACAUUAGAAUAAGCAAGAAUUAUACUGUAACAAUAUAUUGUAAAUGAAGUGUGUGAUGUAAAAAUCUGUACUGUAAUUCAAGCAGACUAUAUGCACGAUCAUAAUUUCAAAUGCAAUUGCUUCACUGCUUAAAAUUUUAGGCCUAUACAUAAGUAUGUUAAAAAUAAAAAUGGACAGAUGGGGUCUGUCUGCAAUAGUAGACUGUAGCAGAUGUUUUACAAAAGGCACAUUAGAGACAAGACCAUUAAGAAAUAGUUCUUGCCCUGACAAAGCCUCCCAACUUCCAGGGAACAGCAGUUUGGGUAUGACAAAGUGGGUAUUUGUACCACUGUGUUUUAAUAAAUCGCAGUGGACAUUUUUAGCUGUGGAUUUGGAUAGUAGUUUUUUUAAGCCUGUUCAUGUUUAUGAUACCCAAACCACUUACAACAAUGGACUUCAGAUUUUAAUUUCUCACAAUUCAAUUCUGCAUUGUUUGGAAAACUGCUUCUCUUUGCUUGUUGACUCCCUGACAGCUUAAUCAGGUAUCCCCUAAUUCUUGCUGUAAGAUG